AUGGUAGGAACACUGACACCGACAGUGUCCCCAAGCCUGCAGAUUGGCAACCCUGAAGAGGAGGAGAAAGUCUUCCACUGCCAUCCAUGGUGUGGUGAGUAAUUCAGCCAUAAUCCCCCUUUCUCCUCCUCUCUCCCUCCCCCUCUCCCCUCUCUCUCCUGUGGUUCCAUUCAUAUUCUAAUCACAGCUUUCCCUUCUCCAGCUCACAGGCACUCCAUCAGAGCCCCCAGCCUCAGGCUUUGCACUUUUACUUCCCCCCUUUGUGGCCAGCGCUCUCCUCCGAGGCACACUAAAAUAAGGUUGCCUCAAGGAGAGAGGGAGUAUGGGGAAAAAUAAAUUACACUCGUGCCAUUUCGGACUAAUUUCUAGUGUGUAGCUGACCAAAUGUCAAUGGUUUUCGGUAGGCAACUUUUUGAAACCAUUUUUUAAAAAGCAUCUUAGCAAAGAUGGGGUAUUGAAAUGAGAAAGUGAUCGUAAUGUGUGGAAAAGAACAAUCUAAAGUAGCACUCUCUCAAAGUAGUUUCCUAAAAACCUAAUCCUGUGGGCAUGUUGGAGUUCCCAGGGCCAAUGGAGGAAGACACAGAGAUCAGAAAAGUUCUGAAACUGGCCAACAAGUGUUCAUGGGAGCUGGGACUUUAAAUAAGAGGGGUUGGAGGAGUGUGUGUGGUGGGGAGGGGGGGGGGGUAUAAAAACGUAUUAAAUGCUAUAAUGGAAGACGGGGAGGCCACAGUGCUAGGAUUGCGUAGAUCUAAGCCUCUUUUUUUCUUGGGGAGGGAGCCUUUCUUAUUCAAAACAGCCCCACAAAAGGCUUCCAGUGAGCCUUGCCACAUCCCCAUCUGACUCGAGGCCAUUCAUCAGCCUUCCGAGCCUAUCAAUGACAUGUCCCCAUCAGGGCUGCUAUAAAAUCAGACCCUUUCCCAUGAAACAUCAGCAAACAUUUUGACGGGUCUGGCUCCCCCCCCCCCCCCCCCCCCCCCCCCCCCCCCCCCCCCCCCCGCUGGAUUUCUGGAGUCUCUACCCCCCUCUCCCCUCACCCCCACCACCUCCCCUCACCAUCACCACCGACACCACCCCUCUCCCGGCGGAGCCCAGAGCCUCACCAUCUCCUGCCACGGAUAGGCAGUGGUCACGGGGACGCGGAGCCAGACAAGGGAAGACCUACUGAGGAGGGGGAGCCGUACACAGAGCCAUUUUCUUGGAGGAGCCAGUUUGCCAUUGAUGGGAAGAGGAUGCAUUGUGGGCUGCUGGAGGAGCCUGAUAUGGAUUCCACAGGUUGGUCCUGCUGUCCUGCAACCCUGCAGCUUUGCCUUGACUUAUCGGGAUGCAUGGGGAACCACUCUCUGUUGUGGAUCACUAUAACUGGGCCCCUGGGAAUUUGUGACUUUCUCUACAACCAUUUUUGAGUGAUUUGUUGAUGAAUGCAUUUAUUGUUAAUGUGAGGGAUUACUCACCAUGGCAUUGCAUUUGUUUGAUUUUGGUUUCUUCAGAUGUCAACAAAAGUGGCCUUGUGGUUUUGUGCCAUUAAUUCAUGAUAAAUCUAUACCAACAAAAAUACGGUUUUGAGGCAUGGUUUGAUUAUGGAAUGACAUUAGGGCCCUUCAUUUGUGCCACAAUCUUGAUUAAAGAGCAGUAAUUUCAACUAUUAGACAGACCUACAUUCAGCAAUCUCUGUGGGGGGAAAGUCUUACAAGCCUUCGAGGCGCAUGUAGCCUGUGAUGCACCUGCUUCUUGUAAACAACUUCUGGGUGGAAAUAAGCUGCCAGUCCACAGAGGUAUGGUGCCAGUCGCCCAGAGCAGGAUAAAGUCACACAGCAUGACGCAAUAAUUAGCCUAAAGUAAAUUCAAUGUAAUAUUAUAAACUACAUGUUUAUGGUAAAGUAAUGAAUGUUGCUGCUUUAGCUACACGUUUUUCUACUUGGCUCUCAAUCUAACUUCCUUCCUAAUAACUUUAUUAUAGGCUCAUUUAUUUACUUUAUUGAAUAUUCAACAGGGAGUUUUUUCCCCCUGAUGUUUAUGCUAAUUCACUGUCUGGUGUUGAGUUGGUUAACAUGAAAGAGUGUAUGCCUAUAAUACAUUAUCAGAUAACCGUUUCGCCCAUUGAUCGAAUUUAAUCCAGUUAUUCAAAGCUCUGUCUUAUCUGUGCUCAUGGCAAAUGAUUCAAUUACAACCUAAGGAUAAGUGCUACAAUGGAGAAUUAUUGUCACCUCAGUGGACUAACUUCAUCAAUGACUGGGGAAAGCUAUUUGAAGUACCAGCUAGGCUAGUGCACAAGACAUUGAAAUAAGUUACAAGUCUGCCUAAUAAUGUUUUGCAAUUAAUUGUAAUAAUUGGUCUAAUAAUAAUAAAUGAUGAUGUUGAUUAUAAAUAGGCUAAUGAUGAUGAUGAUGACAAUAAUUAUAAUUUUAGUUUAUUAAUUUGAUAAUACCAUUACAUUUAGGCCUAUAUGGAACUGAUGACAGCCUCAGAGUUGAUAAAUUAGGCAUAGGCUACACUUUUGCUUUUAUUCAUGAGAUAAAGCAUUCUAGCCUACUUUUAGGCUAUUCAUUCUAACUGCCCAUGCCACUCAUCAACCAAAAGGUGUCGAAUAUUAAUUUAUCAUAAAAGUUCUGAGUCUCUAAACUUUUCUAUUUCCAUGACCUCUUCUCUAACCGCUUCUGAUGGGAUGGAACCUGUAAAUCAUUACAUGGAACAGGUUGCCUUGCCAACAGUCAGUCCUGGCAACUGCUACUAUGGUGAUUGUAGUCAUGGCCCGUGCGGGAAACAGGAUCUACAGGACUACGAUAAAUAUAAGUGUUUCUGUCCCAAGAAAGGACACCAGUUGAGCUAUUUCUAAAUAGAAAUUAGAAUGGGACAAAGGCUUCUGUGUCGCUCGCGAGGCUGCUCUAGCAAUGAGCGCGUUUGUAGUCCCCCCAAGAACAAUGAAGGAUUCCUGCCGUUUUGGUGAAAACAUUUCAAAUAGAAGCACAGCUGCGCCAAGACCCCCACAAUCGAUUAUAGUCGAAUUGCCCAGUCACAUCUUUUUUUGCAUUUGGCAACGUUUGUCUCAAAAUGUAGUUAUAAAAAGGCCACCUGUUGCAGAUGCAGCUUGAGUAAAGUCAACUUGUGAUAAAUCUAUCCAAAUUGGAUUGUUAGAUCUUGAUUUAUUUAGGAAACGUUUGUAUAAUAUAAGGCCCUAUAUUGAUUAGGGCCAAUAGAGUAACCAAAUAUUGGACAAUUCAUACCACCACCCAAUUGUCGGCAUAUUUUGAUGAGCCAUAUAGGCCUAUAGACAAAUUAAUAAAUAGGCUAUGCGAAUUAAUCUUUAUGUGGGCCACAGAAAUAAAACCUACAAUUGUAAAUUCCUGUAGGCUUUUCUCUGAUAUGUGGGCCAUCUUGCCUUUUUCUAGAGAGCUGGAUUGAAAGAUGCCUCAACGAGAGCGAGAGCAAGCGGUAUUCCAGUCACACGUCCCUGGGGAAUACGUCCAAUGACGAAAGUAAGCAGUGACCGUGUAACGCUUUAAUGUUGUAUUACUGCAAGUCAUAAAGUAAUGGAUAAAUAUAUGUUGAAAUAAUCUAUUGUCAUAGGCCUAAAAUAAGACUGCUAUUGAUUAAAAUAAAUUGAUAUUUGCUGUAAUAAGGUGCGCAAUAAUAGGCUUGGUGAGAAAAAUAUGGCAAAGGUCAGUGUUUUGCACUUGUAGGCUAUGAUUGGAAUUUGUUCAAAUAGAGCACACCUUCAUUUACAAAACAUCACAAAACAUGUGUCAAUAAGAUGUCCCUGAUAAUCCACUGAUUUAUAUUAAUCAUAAUAUUGUUGCACGUAGAAUUGCUGGAUAAAGAGAGAAAUUAUUUUAAAAAAUAAUUGUGUACUGCAUCAAACUUCAGACUUUUCUAACCCUGUUCAGUUUAGAUCAAAGAUAUUACAAUAUCUCUGUUUUUAAAAAUAUUCACAGCAAUUAUUUAUUUUAUUUUAUUUUUUAUAUUGCUUUGCCCAUUACUUAAUUGAAGAGGUUGAUUUGAAAUAGUUGACAUGUUUCUUUUUUGUCUGUAAAAGAUGAGGAGAAAGAAAACAACAGGGCUUCUAAACCACAUUCAACACCAGCUACCCUACAAUGGUAAGUGUUGGUGAUGAUUCACCUCUUUCCCAACCUGUUUAUAUAAUGUUGCAUAAUCCUAAAGCUCUUAUUCUACAGCUGUAAUGCUGUAAUUUAAUGUUCUCAAUGCAUAAGCUAUUCAACACAUUUAUUUUCUAUUAUUUGGGGCAUUUACAAUGUAGCUUUUUGUUUGUUGAUAAAAUGUACAAGUGCAUUUCCCUAUUUUGUUCUUAUAUUGUUUGCUGUUUAAGGAUUGUCUGUAUACAGUCUUCUCAUGUAGGGUCACAUCGUUUGAUCAUGUAAAGAUGAAGGACAUAACUGUACCUUUGAGCAGCACCUUUUGAGAAGAGAACUAUCAACUUUAGCGAGCAUUGUGUGGGUGCUUACAGUUUACAUUUACAAUAUGACAUGGCAGGCCGCUGUUGGGCUGGAAGGAUGUUUUAGUAUAAAGGCUUUUUCACCAAAAUAGCAAUAUUUCUUUGCCUUCAUAGAACCAGAGACCUGUGCAUUUGCACCUGUUAUGUUCAGAAUAUAUUAAUAUGCAUUAGACUCAGUUAAAACAGGAAGCUGGCUAUAUCAAGACAUUCUUCUUCUUUUAAUCAUUUGUUGUCUGUAUUUGAAAUUGCAUUCCCUCUGGUGGAAAUUCCACACUGGUGAAAAUACUUGAUCAGUCUCUUCCUUGGAUAUUUUUUGAAGGGUGGAGAUUGAAUUAGUGUUUAUCAGUCAUUUUCAUGGCACUUUCAUGGAGGCGCGUUGGUUUGUGUAGUGUUGUUGUCAGACACAUACAUUUCUAUUUAGAUAAACAUACCUGGUCUACAUAGACAGUCCGAGUCCAUGGGAAUAUUAUGUAGAGGAGUGUUGUAGGUCCCCUGGGAUUACACAGUCCUUCACACUUCAACAGCAUGGAACUUCCCAUUUUCAACUCACUUCUGAAAUGGCCCGCUUUAUUUUUGCUUGAGGAAUGUGUUCAUGAGCAAUAAUCCUUGUAAAAUAUUUGUAUUUUACGUUGCUCUGAAAUAUGACAGAUGAACGAACAGUCUUUGAUUUAUUUUGCACUCAAAAUACAGGUGUAUUUAGAGUUGUUGCGUAAUACAGACAUCACGGUUCUUUUUAUGUUCAUGAGAUGUUCAAAAUAGCUUUUUUAUCAUACUGAAUUGUAUAACAUACUGUUAAGAGUGCUUGAUCACAACUUUAUAUUCCCCAAUUUAUUGUCUAUUUUACGUUUAUUAUGGGAGCAACUGAUAAGUGUUUUCUAGCACUUCGAAGCUCCUCUCUCACAUUGUAAUGCUUCGUUUUGUGAAGUAUUUAGGCUAUACAGUAGAGAUAUAUACACUGAACUGAUGGUUGUAGUUCCGCCUUUCCCAGAUGGUAUAAAAUAAAUCCACAUAUACACUACCGUUCAAAAGUUUGGGGUCACUUAGAAAUGUCAUUUUUUUCUAAAGAAAAGCAAUUUUUUUGUCCAUUAAAAUAACAUCAAAUUGAUCAGAAAUACAGUGUAGACAUUGUUAAUGUUGUAAAUGGCUAUUGUAGCUGGAAACGGCUGAUUUUUAAUGGAAUAUCUACAUAGUCGUACAGAGGCCCAUUAUCAGCAACCAUCAGUCCUGUGUUCCAAUGGCACAUUGUGUUUGCUAAUCCAAGUUUAUCAUUUUAAAAGGCUAAUUGAUCAUUAGAAAACCCUUUUGCAAUUAUGUUAGCACAGCUGAAAACUGUUGUGCUGAUUAAAGAAACAAUAACACUGGCCUUCUUGAGACUAAUUGAGUAUCUGGAGCAUCAGCAAUUGUGGGUUCGAUUACAGGCUCAAAAUGGCCAGAAACAAAUAACUUUCUUCUGAAACUCAUCAAUCUAUUCUUGUUCUGAGAAUUGAAGGCUAUUCCAUGUGAGAAAUUGCCAAGAAACUGAAGAUCUCGUACAACGCUGUGUACUACUCCCUUCACAGAACAGCGCAUACUGGCUCUAACCAGAAUAGAAAGAGGAGUGGGAGGCCCCGGUGCACAACUGAGCAAGAGGACAAAUACAUUAGAGUGUCUAGUUUGAGAAACAGGCGCCUCACAGGUCCUCAACUGGCAGCUUCAUUAAAUAGUACCCUCAAAACACCAGUCUCAACGUCAACAGUGAAGAGGCGACCCCGGGAUGCUGACCUUCUAGGCAGAGUUGCAAAGAAAAAGCCAUAUCUCAGACUGCCCAUCUUAAUCUUUUAUUUUUAUUGGCCAGUCUGAGAUAUGGCUUUUUCUUUGCAACUCUGCCUAGAAGGUCAAACUUUUGAACGGUAGUGUAUACUUUCACAUAGUAGCUCCUAAUUCAGGUUAGAUUAUUUCUCUAAUCUCGUCCACUAGUAAAUAACCUGCCCUUGACUGAAUAAGUACAGGAGUAAACUGGGUAACAGUUUAUUUUCAUACUGGUAGAUACUGUAGAUGCCAGUCUAGAGAUGUCUUUGUGGUCUGUAAAGAGUCCAUGUUAUUCUGUGGGGAUUGAUUGACAGGUCUGCUUUUCACCUACAGGCUGGAGCAGAACUAUGAGAUUGCAGAAGGGGUUUGUAUCCCCCGUAGUGCUCUCUACAUGCACUACCUGGACUUCUGUGAGAAGCACGACACACAGCCUGUCAACGCCGCCAGCUUUGGGAAGGUAGGACACAGUUAAAGACCAGUUUAACAGGACAUUUAGGAGGGACUGUUUGAUUGAGCCCAAACUAAUUUUGUGAACAUAAUACUUCACAGAAAGAGUACAUGCAAUGGUCCCUUUGGUGGAGUAGGUUAUACCUGCGUUGGAAGGUUACCAUCCAUCAGGAUAGUAAAACAUGAAAGGGAGAAAUAAGUAUAGCAUUGAAAAAGUAUGCCUACUGAUGCAUAUAGAUCAGUCUUAUGGCUUGUUACGGUGUGUUUGAAAAGUAAUAUCCACAUGUAGUUAUUGAGAAGCAACGGAAUGGCCCACUGAUGGUUCCCCUGAAAACUGCUAGACGGGUUACACAGCUAGAAGAAUCAUGCUCACCUCUGUUCCUACAACCCAGAAAAUCCCCUCUACCCACCUACUCCCAGCCACCCCCAACACUCGGACCCAGCCCCCUCCUCGUCCCCCCCCACCCCUCCCCAGCUCCUGUCGGAGGAUAUUGAAAAAGAGAAGGAGCCUGGAUUAAUGUGUAAUUAAAGGAAAUUUGGAAGGGUGAGAUGUUGCGGAAUGUUAGAUCAGUGGCUGGAGCAGUGUGGGGUGUCCUUUAGGAAGGCUUCAUUGAUUCGGGACAAAAAAACGAGUGAGGGCCCCGCCUGCCUCCCUGUCUGCUCAUUUAUCAAGCGGGGCCUGACAGAAACUUCACAGCUUGGCCUCUUUUUUCAUCCCACACAAUGGAAAGCUCCACUGUUUACGAAAGUUUCUGCACCAGGAGCUGGACCAAGGAGCCAAUCUCAUGGACAAAAAGAAAGAGAGAGAGAGAGGGAAGGAAGGAGGAGAGGGAACAAGGAGGAGAGGGAACAAGGAGGAGAGGAAACAAGGAGGAGAGGGAACAAGGAGUAGAGGGAACAAGGAGUAGAGGGAACAAGGAGGAGAGGGAACAAGGAGGAGAGGAAACAAGGAGGAGAGGGAACAAGGAGUAGAGGGAACAAGGAGGAGAGGAAACAAGGAGUAGAGGGUACAAGGAGGAGAGGAAACAAGGAGGAGAGGGAACAAGGAGUAGAGGGAACAAGGAGGAGAGGAAACAAGGAGGAGAGGGAACAAGGAGGAGAGGGAACAAGGGGGGCGAGGGAACAAGGAGGAGCGGGAACAAGGGAGGCGAGGGAACAAGGAGGAGAGGGAACAAGGAGGAGAGGGAACAAGGAGUAGAGGGAACAAGGAGGAGAGGAAACAAGGAGUAGAGGGAACAAGGAGGAGAGGAAACAAGGAGGAGAGGGAACAAGGAGGAGAGGGAACAAGGAGGAGCGGGAACAAGGGAGGCGAGGGAACAAGGAGGAGAGGGAACAAGGAGGAGAGGGAACAAGGGGGAGAGGGAACAAGUUGGAGAGGGAACAAGGAGGAGAGGGAACAAGGAGGAGAGGGAACAAGGAGGAGAGGGAACAAGGAGGAGAGGGAACAAGUUGGAGAGGGAACAAGGAGGAGAGGGAACAAGUUGGAGAGGGAACAAGGAGGAGCGGGAACAAGGAGGAGAGGGAACAAGGAGAAGAGGGAACAAGGAGGAGAGGGAAUUAGGGGGGAGGGAACAAGGAGGAGAGGGAACAAGGGGGCGAGGUAACAAGGAGGAGAGGGAACAAGGAGGAGAGGGAACAAGUUGGAGAGGGAACAAGGAGGAGAGGGAACAAGGGGGCGAGGGAACAAGGAGGAGAGGGAACAAGGAGGAGAGGGAACAAGGAGGAGAGGGAACAAGGGGGCAAGGGAACAAGGGGAGAGGGAACAAGGAGGAGAGGGAACAAGGGGGCAAGGGAACAAGGGGGAGAGGGAGAGAUUUUGGAGAGGUUUUUAAUGUUGAAAAAUAAUAUCCCUGAACGUGUCAAAAAUGGAUGGCUCCCAAAGCCUUUUUCUCCCACAGCCAGUGGAGACCUCCCUGGGGUUAAGGCUCUGGGAACUUCACAGAUCUUCGCGUCUAGAACAGAACUCACUUUCACUUGAUUCAUUGAUAUGUUCAAUGUGGAUUUUCAUGUCAUUCUGUAUGAGCUGUACAUGGUUAAAAAUCAUUCUGGAUGGGGCAGUUACUUCAGCCACUAGCUGAGAUAAUUGUGUACUUUCAAGUGUACAGUAUCUCUUCCCUUACAUCUACAGUAUGAUAGCACUGUCAAAAGUGAUAACACAUUUUCAACAGGUGCUUUACAUGCGGGAUAUACACAUACAAAAGCAUGAAGAAUCUCACAGAGAAAAAAUCACUGAUACACUUAUUCUAAUUCUCUGAUUAACAGAUUAUUAGACAACAGUUUCCACAACUGACCACAAGAAGACUGGGGACCAGGGGCCAAUCAAAGUAAGUCAAUGUUGUCUCCUACUUUUCUUUCUUUCUUUCUGCACAUUGGUUUUGAUUUUUGUUUUUCAUUAUUGAAAGAGGAGUAUCAUUGUGUUAAUGGAGGGCCUGCUUUUAACGAUUCUUCAAGGCGGUAAUCUUCACCAUGUCUAUGAUUUGAGGAUGUAACCUCUCAAAAUCACAUGAUGACAAGCCACUGCCUCACACCCUGAUGAAGAGUCCUUAGCUGAAAUGUUGGUCAAGUAGGAGAGAUGAGUGUGCAACUUUCUUUUCCAUUUAUAUACCUCUCUAACUAUCAACUAUCCCCUAUAGGUACCACUACUAUGGCAUCGCUGUGAAGGAGAGCUCCCAGUACUACGACGUGAUGUACUCCAAGAAGGGGGCGGCGUGGGUGAACGAGACAGGCAAGAAGGAGGUCACCAAGCAGACAGUGGCAUAUUCACCACGCUCCAAACUGGGGACGCUCCUGCCAGACUUUCCAAAUGUCAAAGACUUAAAUCUGCCUGCCAGUCUGCCAGAGGAGAAGGUAAACAGGACUCUAAAAAGUCCUCCUCCCUUAUCCAACCAACCCCUCGCCCCUCUCGCCCCCUCUGGCUAUCCCCUUUUAUCUGCCCCGGACCUUCUCUGACUCUGGGUUUAGAGAAGAAGGACCUUGAGGAUUUAUAUGCUGCUGGCUCCUCACUAACUCUUAAUCUUGUGGGGAGAUAAUAAGAUCCAGCGCCGGACAAAGGACAGACACUAACUGUCAAGCUUUAAAUGAGGGGGCCAUGAUUUUCAAUGGUUUGUGAGUUGCUGAUCUCUAAAGACGGUUUUAUGUAACAUAGUUUUGGUGUGCGACCUGUUGCAGGUAUUUAUUGAUGCCGAUGUUUUUGGAUGGGAUUUAUUGUCUUGUUUUUCGUAUCAAUCCAUUGAUAUAUGAUAUCACUUGAAAACACUAGCUACCAAUUAUACUGUACAGUAGACAGUAGAACCCAGUUCCCAGAUUGAAUGUAUCUUAACUGAAGCAGCAUCCUGGUCAUUCGCUAAGAAUGUCACUACGAAACAGUAUGUGCCUUUGAUAAGUCGAGAGCUUGGGACUAUAGGUUCUAAGUGCAAAAAUAUGAUUCUGAGAUCAUUGGCUUUAACGUUCCUAACACACCUUGGUUUGAAUGGUGGCAAGGCGUUUUUUAUCUUGUAUUCUUUUGAUCUUAACAACAUGAAUUGGGGUAUUUAGAGUACUAUAUAGGUAGAGAACAUUGAACAGAACAAGGCUAUGUCAAUAGCAAAAUGUUGAACCUUAUAGUCCCAAGCUCUCAAAGUAGCAGUGUGAUACAGACUUGGACCACGUUACUGCCGUGCAUUUAUACUCAGUGUUCUCUAUGUUUUCCCACAGGUGUCAACGUUUAUCAUGAUGUACAGAACUCACUGCCAGAGGAUACUGGACACAGUAAUACGUGCCAACUUUGACGAGGCAAGACACAUUUCAUAUGUGUCCAUCUUUUGCACCUUUAUUUACCAGUCCCAUUAAAUGUGACAGGACUUUGUGUUUUUGUUUUUUUGACUGUAAAGCCUGACUCUAUUGUUGAAUGUGGUCACAAAACAGAUUACGAGCUAAAUGUUCUUGGACUUCUAAAUGAAGACAUCCCAUUUUCAUGAGAAUCGGUUUAGUUCUUACCUAAUCUUGGAACACUGAACCAAAUCUGUUAUGCUACCAGUCUGUCACAAUAAACUACUUCUAACCGAAAUGUAUCUCAUUAGAAAAGUUGGGUUAGUCUCUUAAGUUGUAUUGUACAUGACGUUGAGAGAAUGACCCUCUUUUCCUGGGUGUCUCCAGGUCCAGAGCUUCCUGCUGCACUUUUGGCAGGGCAUGCCCCCCCACAUGCUCCCUGUCCUGGGCUCCUCCACUGUGGUCAACAUCGUGGGCGUCUGUGACUCCAUUCUUUACAAGGCAAUCUCUGGGGUUCUUAUGCCCACCGUCCUGCAAGCACUGCCUGAUAGGUGUGUACUGUAGCUCUUCUUAGUGUACUGUAGCUCUUCUUAGUGUACUGUAGCUCUUCUCCCCACCCCAGUGAUCACUAAAGCCACAAUCCUGAGUUUGUGUUUCAGCCCAUCAAAUUCAAACUCAAAUUCAUAGACAGAGCUAUAAAUGCAAAGGCUGACAGUCCAUGAGAUCCACAUCAUUGUUCUAAACAUAUUUGACGUGCAUAUUGUUUGUUUAAAAAUACUGAAAUGACAACCCUAUGUACUGAGCUACAGCCUCUAUAGAGAAAAAGGGCUGUGAGGAAAACUUGACAUUUGCCUUUGUGUUAUACAACCUUGGUUAUUUGUGAUGUAAUGUAGAUUUAUUCCAGUUUGACCCAGGUGAUCCGGAAGUUUGCCAAACAGCUGGACGAGUGGCUUAAAGUAGCACUUCACGACCUGCCUGAAAACCUGAGGAAUAUCAAAUUCGAAUGUAGGUGUCUGCAUUGAAAAAUAGUCGUUAGUCUCUUGAUUUUAUGACAACGAUGACAUACUGAGUCUUGGAAAAAGGAGAAUGCACCAAUUUUAGAAACAUGUUUUAAUAAGCAAAUGUUAUACUGUAGAAAACAUAACAGUAAAUAUUUCCUCUACCUUUUAUCCACAGUAUCUAGAAGAUUUUCUCAGGUUCUCAAGCGGCAGACAUCUUUGAACCAUCUAUGUCAGGUAGCUAUUUCACUGUAUGAAUGUAAUGAAUUCCAUAUGAAAAUAUGACUGAUAAAGGUAUAUGCAGUGUGUAUCACGAUCUAAUAAUGUGUGUGUUGUUGAUGUGUCUCUGGGCAGGCGUCGCGGACGGUGAUCCACAGUGCAGACAUCACCUUUCAGAUGAUGGAGGACUGGAGGAACGUGGACCUGAACAGCAUCACCAAGCAGACACUUUACACCAUGGAGGACACAUGGGAGGAGCACCGGCGGCUCAUCAUCCACUGUAAGGGCACAGACACGCACACAUGUACGGAUGCAGACACACACAAACGCACGCACACAAACACACACAUAGUAGCAUUCACAUUAAGUUACAUUUAGUCCAAAAGCCUAGAAUCCACAUUCCAAACAACCCUGUUGUGCUCCAAUACACCUUAACUUAAAUUGUUUGCUCUCCUUCAUAGCAUUGUAGCUGAGAAAUGCACUUCACUCCCACACACACAGCCGCCAAUAACACACAGUAGAUGUCAGCCAUUGGACAUUCAUUCCCACGGCCAGGAAAGUCAAGCCUUAAUGAUGGAGGCUAAAAGGUUAAGCAAGUUGACUCUGCUCUGAAACACCCCGUGGACCAUCUCAAAUUCAUUUCAGCGUCAACCCCCUGAAAUGGCCGUGAUAGGGUCACAGUUCACAGAUUGGCUGGUGUUGUUGCAUAAAGAGGCCAUUUCCACAUCCCACUCUCAUUCUGUUCUAUUAGACAGAGAGAAAUUAUGCACUAUAACAUCAAAUAAGACACAGCCUCAUAUACAAGACAUACUGUAUAUGCUGCUGGUUUUGGCAGUUUGAUUGAUUUAAGUGAGGGUACUUUAGGUCCAUAGUCACACACUACAAUUAUUCAAUCUCUUCAUUUGAUCCAAAUUGCUAUCUGUCAAGACUCCGAUCUGUAUAGACAAGGAUGGGGCUUUCUCCACUAUGUACAAAGAUAUAUCCCCUGAAGGAUUAAAUAGUCUAUGUGUUGACAAACUGUGGCUAAAUGCAGCUCUCGUCUCCUUCCCCUCUCAGUGUACCAGGAGUUUGACCAUCUGCUGGAGGAGCAGUCUCCUAUAGAGGCCUACAUCGAGUGGCUGGACUCCAUGGUGGACCGCUGUGUUGUCAAGGUCAGUUGAGGAUGUAAAUACUUAAUAUACAUUAAGCCCUUUUAACAUCUAGGAUAUAUCAUUAGAAAACGUCCAGCCAUCAUCUUUAGGCAUGUGCUUUCUACUAUGGCUACAGUAUGCUGUAUGCUGAUCAUAAAUGGAAACUAUAGAAAAUAAUUUCUUCAAUUGUCUCCUAAAACGUUCCACAGUGACGUUUGUAUUGCAUUUACCAAGGCCAUUCUGGAUGUUCAUGUGGUAUUUUAUUGUUUAAGUAUAUUUGUACAGCAAAUCGGUAAGGAUUAUGGCCCUUCACAAAAAUAACCAUGCGUUUUAAUGGCAUCCGUCUCUCCAUGACUUGCUGACGCAGAGCCACUCGAGCUGCCAUCCUAGUUAAUGCUGUCUUCAUGGCUCCCAUUUGCUGCCAUUAUGCUCCAGAUAUGGGCUUGUAAAAUGUGGUUGCCUUGGCAAUGUCACGGACUCCCCAGACAAUGGUUCAAUGAGAAGGCGUGUCCCCAGGGGCAAAUUAAAUAGUUGACUUGUUGACAUGUUUUUCGUUCCUGAGGGUUAAGCCCCAAUAAGGACCCAGGGGUUAAUUCCCCCCCCCCCCAACUCUUCCCUUCCCUUCCCCCUCUUUUCUCAUGGAAAUAUCUCCUUAAGGUGGCAGGAAAGAGGCCCGGGUGCCUGAAGAAGGUGGCCCAACAGUUCCUGCUCAUGUGGUCGUGCUUCGGGACCCGAGUCAUCCGGGAUAUGACCCUCCACAGUGCGCCUAGCUUCGGUGAGUGGUUGGAUCUAGCAUUGGGCUGGGGCAUGUAUCAGCCGACACAAGGAAAAUUGUUUUUAGGGGGUUAUGUAUCGUUAUUUAACCAUAUUGAUGGUGUCACUAGUCAGACAGAAGUUGCCUAGUUCUAGUUUUGGUCCAAGUAACCAAAAUAAUUUGUGAAGAACAGUUAUAGAUUAUCCAUGGCAUUGGCCCAAAACUCAGCCAAAACUUGCUGAACUGAGUUAUUUGAAUAUACAGUCGUGGUCAAAAGUUUUGAGAAUGACACAAGUAUUGGUCUUCACAAAGUUCGCUGCUUCAGUGUUAUGAGAUAUUUUUGUCAGAUGUUACUAUGGUAUACUGAAGUAUAAUUACAAGCAUUCCAUAAGUGUCAAAGGCUUUUAUUGACAAUUACAUUAAGUUUAUGCAAAGAGUCAAUAUUUGCAGUGUUGACCCUUCUUUUUCAAGACCUCUGCAAUCCGCCCUGGCAUGCUCUCAAUUAACUUCUGGGCCACAUACUGACUGAUGGCAGGCCAUUCUUGCAUAAUCAAUGCUUGGAGUUUGUGGGUUUUUGUUUGUCCACCCGCCUCUUGAGGAUCGACCACAAGUUCUCAAUGGGAUAAAGGUCUGAGGAGUUUCCUGGCCAUGGCCCCAAAAUUUCGAUGUUUUGUUCCCAGAGCCAUUUAGUUAUCACUUUUGCCAUAUGGCAAGGUGCUCCAUCAUGCUGGAAAAGGCAUUGGUCGUCACCAAACUGUUCUUGGAUGGUUGGGAGAAGUUGCUCUCGGAGGAUGUGUUGGUACCAUUCUUUAUUCAUGGCUGUGUUCUUAGGCAAAAUUGUGAGUGAGCCCACUCCCUUGGCUGAGAAGCAACCCCACACAUUAAUGGUCUCAGGAUGCUUUACUGUUGGCAUGACACAGGACUGAUGGUAGCGCUCACCUUGUCUUCUCCGGACAAGGUGUUUUCCGGAUGCCCCAAACAAUCGGAAAGGGGAUUCAUCAGAGAAAAUGACUUUACCCCAGUCCUCAGCAGUCCAAUCCCUGUACCUUUUGCAGAAUAUCAGUCUGUCCCUGAUGUUUUUCCUGGAGAGAAGUGGCUUCUUUCCUGCCCUUCUUGACACCAGGCCAUCCUCCAAAAGUCUUCGCCUCACUGUGCGUGCAAAUGCACUCACACCUGCCUGCUGCCAUUCCUGAGCAAGCUCUGCACUGGUGGUGCCCCGAUCCCGCAGCUGAAUCAACUUUAGGAGAUGGUCCUGGCGCUUGCUGGACUUUCUUGGGCACCCUGACGCCUUCUUCACAACAAUUAAACCUCUCUCCUUGAAGUUCUUGAUGAUCCGAUAAAUGGUUGAUUUAGGUGCAAUCUUACUAGCAGCAAUAUUCUUGCCUGUGAAGCCAUUUUUGUGCAAAGCAAUGAUGACGGCACGUGUUUCCUUGCAGGUAACCAUGGUUAACAGAGGAAGAACAAUGAUUUCAAGCACCACCCUCCUUUUAAAGCUUCCAGUCUGUUAUUCUAACUCAAUCAGCAUGACAGAGUGAUCUCCAGCCUUGUCCUCGUCUACACUCUCACCUGUGUUAACGAGAGAAUCACUGACAUGAUGGCAGCUGGUCCUUUUGGGGAUUAAGUUCAUUUUCAUGGCAAAGAGGGACUUUGCAAUUAAUUGCAAUUCAUCUGAUCACUCUUCAUGACAUUCUGGAGUAUAUGCAAAUUGCCAUCAUCAAAACUGAGGCAGCAGACCUUGUGAAAAUUCGUAUUUGUGUCAUUCUCAAAACUUUUGACCACGACUGUACUACUAUGCAUGUAGGUCCAAACAUAGUUUAAGCCCCUCCCCCCAUUUUUGGGAAAUGGGAAUAAGGAAAGUUGUGUGCAGACUCAGCAGAGAAUUGCCUUCCGAUGUUCUCCCAAUCCAAAACGGGGAAAGCGUGGUGGUAAGAUGGCUGCUUUGCUGGUAUGGCCCCCCUAGCCUUUACUUUACUAGCGAGCGGUGCAUGACUGAGGCACUGAAAGAGAUAGGGGCUGUAAAAAAAAAGAAGAAAAUGGCUUCCCUUCCCCCUCCUCUCUUCUCCCCUUCAGUCUGUGAAUAUCAAAGUCACAGCUGGUUGCAAUGUUUUGAUAAAGUAGCUCUCUGUGCGAAAACAGCUAAUUAACAAUGGCUACCCCCCCCCCCCCCCUCCCUCUCUUCCCCAAUGUGUUUUCCUAUCUUUUCCAUUUUAUGACCAGGCAGUAUUGCACUCCUCUGUUCCCUGAAAAGCUGCUGGUGUUUAUUAUGCGCAUGGUCUCAGUCAUCUCCCAUACCCGGCUCAGGGGUCAGCCGUCAUAUUUGGAGCAAGGACUUUGUACAAGGAAACAAGAAACAGCCCCCUUGUCUCUUUUAAUGACAAUGACCGCCCAGUCGUUCUUCUCCCUCACACUGCCUGUUGUGUUGAGUGAGCUGCUAUGAUGCAGUCUGUCAGAUAUUUGGAAGGACUAGUAAUGAAACACACAGUCUGAUCGUUCAGCCUCUUUUUGUAAACUGUGUUUUGAAAUGUAUAAGUGUAUGUUCAUAGCUUUGAAUGGAUGAUUUCUAGGCCUCCAACCACAGACAACACUCAAAUACACUGCACAUCUUAGAAUCUUCAUUUUGAACUUUAUGUAGCUCAUUACUUCCCUUUAAAAUAAUUAGACUUGUUGGGUGGAUGAUAGGGACACUGAUCCAUCCUGUUUCCUUAGUUUCUCUCUCUCUCCUCUCUCCUCUCUCUCUCUCUCUCUCUCUCUCUCUCUCUCCCUCUCCCUCUCUCUCUCUCCCUCUCUCUCUCUCCCUGUGUGUAGGCUCGUUCCACCUGAUCCACCUGAUGUUUGAUGACUAUGUGCUGUACCUGCUGGAGUCCCUGCACUGCCAGGAGAGGGCCAACGAGCUCAUGAGGUCCAUGAAGGCAGAGGGCAGCACAGGUUAGACCACCACCCUGUCAACAACUACUACUGGAGCUGCUUUCAACUAUUAAUAUUACUACUAUCACAACAACUACAAUUACUACUACUACUAUUAUUACUACUACUACUACUACUACUAUUAUUACUACUACUACUACUGUAUAGGACUUUGGAAUAUACACAAAAAUGUAUGCACGCAUGACUGUAAGUCGCUUUGGAUAAAAGCGUCUGCUAAGUGGCAUAUUAUUAUUAUUAUUAAUUAUCUUUCCUGCUACCAUCAGUAUUGCUGCUGCAGCAACCACAAAUGCAUUUCAACACCAACAAAAAUAACAACAUGUACAGUGGGGGGAAAAAGUAUUUAGUCAGCCACCAAUUGUGCAAGUUCUCCCACUUAAAAAGAUGAGAGAGGCCUGUAAUUUUCAUCAUAGGUACACGUCAACUAUGACAGACAAAAUGAGAAAAAAAAUCCAGAAAAUCACAUUGUAGGAUUUUUAAUGAAUUUAUUUGCAAAUUAUGGUGGAAAAUAAGUAUUUGGUCAAUAACAAAAGUUUCUCAAUACUUUGUUAUAUACCCUUUGUUGGCAAUGACACAGGUCAAACGUUUUCUGUAAGUCUUCACAAGGUUUUCACACAAUGUUGCUGGUAUUUUGGCCCAUUCCUCCAUGCAGAUCUCCUCUAGAGCAGUGAUGUUUUGGGGCUGUCGCUGGGCAACACGGACUUUCAACUCCCUCCAAAGAUUUUCUAUGGGGUUGAGAUCUGGAGACUGGCUAGGCCACUCCAGGACCUUGAAAUGCUUCUUACGAAGCCACUCCUUUGUUGCCCGGGUGGUGUGUUUGGGAUCAUUGUCAUGCUGAAAGACCCAGCCACGUUUCAUCUUCAAUGCCCUUGCUGAUGGAAGGAGGUUUUCACUCAAAAUCUCACGAUACAUGGCCCCAUUCAUUCUUUCCUUUACACGGAUCAGUCGUCCUGGUCCCUUUGCAGAAAAACAGCCCCAAAGCAUGAUGUUUCCACCCCCAUGCUUCACAGUAGGUAUGGUGUUCUUUGGAUGCAACUCAGCAUUCUUUGUCCUCCAAACACAACAAGUUGAGUUUUUACCAAAAAGUUAUAUUUUGGUUUCAUCUGACCAUAUGACAUUCUCCCAAUCCUCUUCUGGAUCAUCCAAAUGCACUCUAGCAAACUUCAGACGGGCCUGGACAUGUACUGGCUUAAGCAGGGGGACACGUCUUGCACUGCAGGAUUUGAGUCCCUGGCGGCGUAGUGUGUUACUGAUGGUAGGCUUUGUUACUUUGGUCCCAGCUCUCUGCAGGUCAUUCACUAGGUCCCCCCGUGUGGUUCUGGGAUUUUUGCUCACCGUUCUUGUGAUCAUUUUGACCCCACGGGGUGAGAUCUUGCGUGGAGCCCCAGAUCGAGGGAGAUUAUCAGUGGUCUUGUAUGUCUUCCAUUUCCUAAUAAUUGCUCCCACAGUUGAUUUCUUCAAACCAAGCUGCUUACCUAUUGCAGAUUCAGUCUUCCCAGCCUGGUGCAGGUCUACAAUUUUGUUUCUGGUGUCCUUUGACAGCUCUCUGGUCUUGGCCAUAGUGGAGUUUGGAGUGUGACUGUUUGAGGUUGUGGACAGGUGUCUUUUAUACUGAUAACAAGUUAAAACAGGUGCCAUUAAUACAGGUAACGAGUGGAGGACAGAGGAGCCUCUUAAAGAAGAAGUUACAGGUCUGUGAGAGCCAGAAAUCUUGCUUGUUUAUAGGUGACCAAAUACUUAUUUUCCACCAUAAUUUGCAAAUAAAUUCAUAAAUAAUCCUACAAUGUGAUUUUCUGGAUUUUUUUUCUCUCAAUUUGUCUGUCAUAGUUGACGUGUACCUAUGAUGAAAAUUACAGGUCUCUCUCAUCUUUUUAAGUGGGAGAACUUGCACAAUUGGUGGCUGACUAAAUACUUUUUUCCCCCACUGUAUAUUGAAAAUACUAAUAUUGAAUGCUGUUUAGUACACUGACUCUUGAGUACAUAAGAACCUCCUGUCUCUCUAAUAGUUUAUUGACCUCUGAACCCUUUUAUAGCUGAGCAAGAGGAAGAGAUGAUGCUGACGGAGACCACGCCCACCUCCACGUCCCCAGGGCCCUUCUCCCCGGCCAAGUCUGUCACCUCAGUGGGGGUCCCAGCCGUCAGCUCCCCCACCGCUGCUCAGUCCCCAGAGUAUACAGGGGCCACAGCCACCACAGGUGCGAGAGACAGACAGCAACACUGGGGGACUGGGGAGGGAACCUGUAAGUGGGGAGGGUUGCUUGGUUAUAGAGCUAUUACUAUACUGGAGCUACAAUAGAAGCAAUGUCACUCGUCUGUGGUCAUGUUCUGUAGGUAAUGUUAUGAUCAUGUCCGACAUAAUAUACCAGUACCAGUCAAAAGUUGGGACACACCUACUCAUUCAAGGUUUUUUCUUUAUUUUUACUAUUUUCUACAUUGUAGAAUAAUAGUGAAGACAUCAAACUAUGAAAUAACACAUAUGGAAUCAUGUAGUAACCAAAAAAGUGUUAAACAAAUCAAAAUAUAUUUUAUAUUUUAGGUUCUUCAAAGUAGCCACCCUUUGCCUUGAUGACAGCUUUGCACACUCUUGGCAUUCUCUCAACCAGCUUCAUGAGGAAUGCUUUUCCAAAUCAUCAAGGAGUUCCCACAUAUGCUGAGCACUUGUUGGCUGCUUUUCCUUCACUUUCCUUCACUUCCUUCACUCACACAGGUCGGGUGAUUGUGGAGGCCAGGUCAUCUGAUGCAGCACUCCAUCACUCUCCUUCUUGGUAAAAUAGCCCUUACACAGCCUGGAGGUGUGCUGGGUCAUUGUCCUGUUGAAAAACAAAUGAUAGUCCCACUAAGCGCAAACCAGAUGGGAUGGCGUAUCGCUGCAGAAUGCUGUGGUAGCCAUGCUGGUUAAGUGUGCCUUGAAUUCUAAAUAAAUCACUGACUGUGUCACCAGCAAAGCACCCCCACACCAUCACACCUCCUCCUCCAUGCUUUAUGGUGGGAACCACACAUGCGGAGAUCAUCCGUUCACCUACUCUGCGUCUCACAAAGACACGGCGAUUGGAAAAAAAAUCUCAAAUUUGGACUCAAAAAGGAUCAAAGGACAGAUUUCCACCGGUCUAAUGUCCAUUGCUCGUGUGUUUCUUGGCCCAAGCAAGUCUCUUCUUCUUAUUGGUGUCCUUUAGUAGUGGUUUUUCUUUGCAGCAAUUCGACCAUGAAGGCUUCUGAGGUGCAGUUAACUCUAAUGAAUUUAUCCUCUGCAGCAGAGGUAACUCUGGGUCUUCCUUUCCUGUGGCGGUCCUCAUGAGAGCCAGUUUCAUCAUAGAGCUUGAUGGAUUUUGCAACUGCACUUGAAGAAACGCUCAAAGUUCUUGAAAUGUUCUAUAUUGACAGACCUUCAUGUCUUAAAGAUGGACUGUCGUUUCACUUUGCUUAUUUGAGCACUUAAUAUGGACUUGGUCUUUUACCAAAUAGGGCUAUCUUCUGUAUACCACCCCUACCUUGUCACAACACAACUGAUUGGCUCAAAUGCAUUAAGAAGGAAAUAAAUUCCACAAAUUAACUUUUAACAAGGCACACCUGUUAAUUGAAAUGCAUUCCAGGUGACUACCUCAUGAAGCUGGUUGAGAGAAUGCCAAGAGUGUGCAAAGCUGUCAACAAGGCAAAGGGUGGCUACUUUGAAGAAUCUCAAAUAUAAAAUAUAUUUUGAUUUGUUUUAACACUUUUCUGGUUACUACAUAAUUCCAUAUGUGUUAUUUCAUAGUUUUGAUAUGUUCACUAUUAUUCUACAAUGUAGAAAAUAGUUCAAAUAAAGAAAAACCCUGGAAUGAGUAGGUGUGUCCAAACUUUUGACUGGUACUGUACAUUAAUUAAUACAUGACAGUUGAAUGAAAUGGUUUAUUAGAAUGGGCCUAUCCUGCCUGUGCUCAUGCAUUGGGUUGGUUUCUAAGGGUCACGGCAUGGUAGAUUCCUCUGUGCCAAUCCCUUUGUCUCUGUGUGUGUAUGUGUUACGUGUGUGCCAGGCGCUGUUCAGUCAUAUACCUGGUCCCUUACGUACACAGUGACAACGUCAGGCGGCACUCCUCCCGAGGGCGGACAGCAGCAGCACUGCAUGCGCAGCGGUGCACCCGUGCCCCCUCCCUCCUCCGCCCAUCGACUGCCAGUCUACACCCACAGGGACGAGCACGGGUGAGCUCUCAUAGGGGGGUUAUGAGCUCUCAUAGAGGGAUUAUGAGCUGUCAUAUAGGGGUUAUGAGCUGUCAUAGAGGAGUUAUGAACUCUCAGGGGGGUUAUGAACUCUCAUAGCAGGGUUAUGAACUCUGAUAGCGGGGUUAUGAACUCUCAUAGGGGGGUUAUGAGCUGACAUGGGGGGUAUGAGCUCUCAUAGAGGGGUUUAAUGACUAUAAUAGGAGAAAACUGAGGUUGUAUCAACAACAUUGUAGUUACUCCACAGUACUAACCUAAAUGACAGAGUGAAAAGAAGGAACCCUGUACAUUUACAUUUACAUUUACGUCAUUUAGCAGACGCUCUUAUCCAGAGCGACUUACAAAUUGGUGCAUUCACCUUAUAGCCAGUGGGAUAACCACUUUACAAUGUUUUGUUUUUUGUUUUUUGUUUUUUUGGGGGGGGUGGGUUGGGGUAGGAGAGGGGUAGAAGGAUAACUUUAUCCUAUCCCAGGUAUUCCUUAAAGAGGUGGGGUUUCAAAUGUCUCCGGAAGGUGGUGAGUGACUCCGCUGUCCUGGCGUCGUGAGGGAGCUUGUUCCACCAUUGGGGUGCCAGAGCAGCGAACAGUUUUGACUGGGCUGAGCGGGAACUAUGCUUCCGCAGAGGAAGGGGAGCCAGCAGGCCAGAGGUGGAUGAACGCAAUGCCCUCGUUUGGGUGUAGGGACUGAUCAGAGCCUGAAGGUACGGAGGUGCCGUUCCCCUCACAGCUCCAUAGGCAAGCACCAUGGUCUUGUAACAGAUGCGAGCUUCAACUGGAAGCCAGUGGAGUGUGCGGAGGAGGGGGGUGACGUGAGAGAACUUGGGAAGGUUGAACACCAGACGGGCUGCGGCAUUCUGGAUGAGUUGUAGGGUUUAAUGGCACAGGCAGGGAGCCCAGCCAACAGCGAGUUGCAGUAAUCCAGACGGGAGAUGACAAGUGCCUGGAUUAGGACCUGUGUCGCUUCCUGUGUAAGGCAGGGUCGUACUCUCCGAAUGUUGUAGAGCAUGAACCUACAGGAUCGGGUCACCGCCUUGAUGUUAGCGGAGAACGACAGGGUGUUAUCCAGGGUCACGCCAAGGCUCUUCGCACUCUGGGAGGAGGACACAACGGAGUUGUCAACCGUGAUGGCGAGAUCAUGGAACAGGCAGUCCUUCCCCGGGAGGAAGAGCAGCUCCGUCUUGCCAAGGUUCAGCUUGAGGUGGUGAUCCGUCAUCCAUACUGAUAUGUCUGCCAGACAUGCAGAGAUGCGAUUCGCCACCUGGUUAUCAGAAGGGGGAAAGGAGAAGAUUAGUUGUGUGUCGUCAGCGUAGCAAUGAUAGGAGAGGCCAUGUGAGGAUAUGACAGAGCCAAGUGACUUGGUGUAUAGCGAGAAUAGGAGAGGGCCUAGAACUGAGCCCUGGGGGACACCAGUGGUGAGAGCACGUGGUGCGGAGACAGCUUCUCGCCACGCCACUUGGUAGGAGCGACCGGUCAGGUAGGACGCAAUCCAAGAGUGAGCCGCGCCGGAGAUGCCCAGCUCGGAGAGGGUGGAGAGGAGGAUCUGAUGGUUCACAGUAUCAAAGGCAGCAGACAGGUCUAGAAGGACAAGAGCAGAGGAGAGAGAGAUAGCUUUAGCAGUGCGGAGAGCCUCUGUGACACAGAGAAGAGCAGUCUCAGUUGAAUGACCAGUCUUGAAACCUGACUGGUUUGGAUCAAGAAGGUCAUUCUGAGAGAGAUAGCAAGAGAGUUGGCUAAAGACGGCACGCUCAAUAGUUUUGGAGAGAAAAGAAAGAAGGGAUGCAAAUAUUCCAAAACAUGCAUCCUGUUUGCAAUAAGGCAACAAAAUAAAAUUGCAAAAAAUGUGGCAAAGAAAUUAACGUUAUGUCCUGAAUAUAAAGCGUUAUGUUUGGGGCAAAUCCAACACAACACAUCACUGAGUACCACUCUUCAUAUUUUCAAGCAUGGUGGUGGCUGCAUCAUGUUAUGGGUAUGCUUGUCAUCAGCAAGGACUAGGGAGUGUUUUAGGAUAAAAAGAAACAGAAUAGAGCUAAGCACAUACAAAAUCCUAGAGGAAAACCUAGUUCAGUCUGCUUUCCAACAGACACUGGAAGACAAAUUCCCCUUUCAGCAGGACAAUAACCUAAAACACAAGGCUAAAUAUACACUGAAGUUGCUUACCAAGACAACAUUGAAUGUUCCUGAGUGGCCUAGUUACAGUUUUGACUUAAAUCAGCUUAAAAAUCUAUGGCAAGACUUGAAAAUAGCUGUCUAGCAAUGAUCAACAACCAUAUUGACAGAGCCUGAAGAUUUUUAAAAAAUAAUCAUGUGCAAAUAUGUUACAAUCCAGGUGUGCAAAGCUCUUAGAGACUUACCCAGAAAGGCUCACAGCUAUAUUUUCUGCCGAAGGUGAUUCUAACAUAUAUUGACUCAGGGGUGUGAAUACUUAUGUAAAUGAGACAUUUCUGUAUUUCAAUUUCAAUACAUUUGGAAACAUUUCUACAAACAUGUUUUCACUUUGUCAUUAUGGGGUAUUUUGUGUAGAUGGGUGAGAAAAAUAUAUAUUUAAUCCAUUUUGAAUUCAGGCUGUAACACAAGAAAAUGUGGACUAAGUCAAGGGGUAUAAAUACUUUCUGAAGGCACAGUAUCUGAUUUCUUACUCAAAAAUAGACAGAAGACAUUUAAAGUACUACAUUUAAAUUUUUGUCAUUUAGAAGAUGCUCUUAUCCAGAGUGACUUACAGUAGUGAAUGCAUACAUUUUCAUACUGGUCCCCCGUAGCAUUCAAACCCACAACACUAGCAUUACAAGCAUCAUGCUCUACCAACUGAGCCACAUUGAAUACAUGAUGUUGACCUGUUUUUGUGUGCUCUCUCCAGGUUCACUGGGAGCUAUAACUAUGGGAGCUACUCCAACCAGCACCCCCACUCCAUCCAGAGCCAGUACCCCAGUCUGGCCCAUGAACCGGGCAUCCCUGCCCCCCUCCACUAUCCCGCUUACCACCGCACCUCUGCACAGGUCAGUCCCAACUUGGACUCCCAAUCACAAAUCAGGCCAUAGCAUCUACUGUACAUUCACCUGAGGAUCUACUAACGGUGCAUUGGAUGGAAUCACAGUGGAGAUAAUUCAGUGACAUUAUCCUACGCACAUCCAUUAUACUACGCACAUCCAGUCGAAAAGUGUUUUCUUACAUUAGCCUUAUAUUAGUCUCUCAGAGCACACACAAUAUUUGGUUCUGGGUGCCGAGAUUGGCUUUAUAUUUACUCAACACAUUAAGGCCCUUUGUCAAACUUCCAACAUACUGUAUAUCUUUAUGGUCUGUUUGAUGAUGGUGACUUUUAGCCACAGAGUCUACAAUUCCCGCUUUUCCACACUGUUCACCACACCUGCAAGACUUUGUUGGUGAAAAUAGUUGUUCUUGGCUUGGGUGCUGGAGUGGACUCCAUGGUAUUUAAUUGACGUCAGAGCAGUGCAGGAAGAAAGGCAGUGCAACACUGUAUCAAAUCCAUUACAGAGAGACUGUUCAAAAUGAGACUGUCUGCUGGAUUAUUUGUGUUAUAGAAAAGCCUGGAAAUCACCUAAUCACCAUAGUACAUCAUUACAGAGGUGCAAGAUCCACUGAAAUAUUAGGCAUUGAAUCAGGUAGAAUGAGUCAGAAGGCAUACUAAGCUAUGACAUUUUUUUUUCUUCAACAUGCCAUUAUAACGACCUCCCUCUCAUGUCUAUCCACCUCCCAAUAUAAUACUGAAGAGUGAUCGUUUAUUCCCGGUUGGGUUGUAGGCGGGGCAUAAAUUCCAUCCUAGCUUUUGUAAGGUUGAAUUUUACACAGGCAGUAAAUCAGAGAGGAAUGUUAUUAUGAACAGGAAGUGAAAAGGAGAACGGGGCUCGUUAGUAUGCAUAACGCAUUCUAUAGCGUUGGUGCCAACAGUGUGGCAUGCUCUGGGGGGAGAGAGAGGGAGAGAGGGAAGAGAGAGAGAGAGAGAACUGGGGUGGCACCAGGAAUGGUUAGUUAGAGCCAGGAGAACAUUUACCCUGGUGCGGGUGAGAGAAAGAUAGAAUGAGAGAGAGAGACUGAGCAAGAGGGUCAACAGAAGAAAAAAGAAGAUGAGCAGGUGAGAGGAAGAGGGUGCAGCAAUAGUGGUGGUGGUGUCGGUGGAGCUCAUACACUGUUAGCCAUAGCAGCGAAUGGUAUGAGUUGACAGUGAGAGGUGAUCUGGCCAGGGGCCCGGGACCCAGAGGGGCCCUGCUCUGUGCUCCACUGUGUGUCCCCUUCCCACCACUCAAUAGUCUCUUCAUCUCUCUGAGCCAGUGGCCAUAGAACUCAUAGACCAGGGUAGGGUGGACGUUUAUUAAAAUAUUGUUUUUCAAUGGUCUCUUUUCUGCGCGUGAACAAGAGGUCGCUGAACCACCCAUCCUGCUCCCUGACCUGUGAUGACGGCCUCUUUCCGUGCCACCAUCCCUCAUAAUAGAACUGACUGUUGCCUGUGUGUUUAUAUUUAGUGGAAUAAAGAGGAAAUACUUUUACUUCCACCCUGCUCUGAACUUAAAUCGGGCACAAUGUGUGUGCUUUGUCUUGAGAGGGUCUGAGAGAGUCUGAGAGGGUCUGAGAGAGGAAGAGAAGGAGAUAACACGAAUGGGACACUUUGUUGGAUUUCCCGACCAGUCCCAAAUAUUUUGUAAGAGGAGCUGAUUCUGUCCGCGCUGUUAGUCGUCGGUCACCCUGGGCAACGAAAAUACUACCGGCUGACCACUUAUCCUAGUCCAACAGUUCCAGGAAGUGUCUUAUUUAUGUCCACCAUUUACAACAUACAUAGUUGAUGUUCAUUGUGAAUUAUAAACCUCAUAGUGUUACAGAGAAAGUAAGGAUUUGUUCACUCCAGGAAAAUCUCUGGAGUUCAGCUAUAGCCUAACUAGGGGCUGGUGUUUCUCCUGUCAGGGCAUGUGUUCAGGGAAAAACCCAGGCCAAGAUAUGAUAUACAUAAUUUGUUUUUAAAUUUUUAUUUAACCUUUAUUUAACCAGGUAAGACCCAUUGAUUUAAAAAAACCUAUUUUGCAAGGGCGACCUGGCAAGAAGGCUAAACAAUAAAAUAGCAGUGUGUACAUAAAAUAUUACAUAAAAAUACAAAAUACACACAAAAGACCAAGUGUCACAAGUUACAGAUACAAUUGAAGAUUAGACACUAACUCCCCUAACUUUAAUAUAUUUUGAUAUGACAUAUAAUACCAUCACCCUAACACCCAAUAUUCUCUUCUGUUCGGCAGUACCCGCUCAAUAGCCAGAUGUCUCGGAUGGAGCCAUGCUUGAUGGGAGGUGCUCCUCGGCUGCACCCUACGACCGUGGCUCCACGAUGGGCGGAUGUCUCCCCAGCCAACAGCUGUUACACUAGUCCCCCUAUGCACUCCUCCCGCUAUGCCGCCUCUGGAGACAUGUACUCCCCCCUGGCCCCUCGCAGGAACUCUGAGUACGAACACUCACAACACUUUCCCGGCUUCGCUUACAUCAAUGGAGAGGCCACCACAGGCUGGGCCAAGUAGGCUUCCUAUUCAGUCCUCAGAGAGAGGAGCUGUCCUGGGCACAGUCAUGCCAAUGCAGCAAGCCAAGCCUAUGGAUGCAAACGUCCCACUGCCUUUCCCCAACACGACCCAGAGGCACCUAAUCAGGAGUAUCAGUGUAAUGGUAGGGGAGAGAGGCUGGAGUGUAGCAGCACUGGGCAACCUUGUUACCUUGACCCGCAGGCCACAGCACAGACAACCAAGAUUCAGGACUUCUUCUCACAUUACACAAUCAGAAUAUUGUGGCGUAGGCCUAGUUUGUUGAUGGCAGCAAUCGCCACAAUGGUGGUGCUGUUUGUUGUUUGCAGAAAGUGGCUGUGCAAACCCUUUGGGAUUAUAGAAACAAGAGGCAGUUGGAAGAAUCUCACAUGUGGAAGUGUGCAGUGCGAGACUGCCCAGCUGUGCCUUUUCAAUUAA